AUGUACAAGCCUCUGGAGUUCUUGGACGGUCCCCUCGUUUGGAUUGACUGUGAAAUGACGGGUCUUGAUCCUCGAAAGGAUAGAAUUCUGGAAAUUGCAGUGUUGAUCACGAACGGGAAUCUGGAAACCGUAGACCCAGGCAUUGAAUAUGUAAUUAAAACGGAAAAGGCGGUUCUGGAUGGAAUGAAUCCGUGGUGUAUCGACCAACAUGGAAAAUCAGGCUUGACACAAGCAUGUAUCGAGUCUCCUCAUACACCUGCAUUUGUGUCACAAGAAGUCCUCAAUUCCGUGCACGCGGACCAGGGAUUCCUUGCAGCAGAGAUGCCUGAGCUCAUAAAAUGGCUACACUAUCGAAUCGUUGAUGUGUCUUCCAUAAAGGAAAUGUCCCGUCGCUGGUACGGAGAUAAAGGCAUUCCACCUCGUUCUAAAGAGAGCAGUCAUAGGGCACUUGAUGAUAUCCGCUGCUCAAUUCAAGAACUGCAAUGGUACCGAGAAAACAUCUUUAUUCAACCAUCUGCUUUACCGAAAGCACCUCGGAGCCUUCCCAGCACUCCCACAGAGUAA